AUGUCGUCUAGGCCAGAGUUCGAACACCGAGAAUCCGACGAGUACCUGCUCAAGCGGGACCACUACGUCGACCAGAUCAAUCGAUCCCGGCGCUGGGCCUGCCUGCGCCCGCUCAUCUACAUCGGGGUGGUGGUGGUUGGCUUCGUCGAGAUCAUCGUGCUCUUGGUCUACUUGGUCGAGACGAGCAGGCAGCCGCCCCUACGCGAUCUGAACGGGUUGGUCCCGGAUUUCCCCACGCAUCAAGUUCUCUUUCGGCUCGAUCCCAUGGCCGUCUCGGACCAUCGGACAGAAAGCUCCAAAGCCGCCACGAAGGAGAAUUGGCUUUCGUACAUGCCGCGGGGUAAUGGGUUCAUCGCGGUAAACCACACGGAACAGCUGGAAUACGUCCUGUCCCCGCCAAUCGAGAAGUUCGGCAAGAAUCUGUACGCGGUGGCGGUCUUCCACCAGAUGCAUUGCCUGUAUGCGAUCAUGUCCGCGUACGACGAUCUCAUCGCCGGCACAUCGUCCACGCACAAGGUCCGCGACGUCCACGAGCACGACCAUUUCCAUCACCAUGGACAUAGCGAUGACCCCACCGAGGGUCCCCACGGGCAUGUGAACCAUUGCUUCCAGUAUCUGCGGGAGUCGCUGCUGUGCUGCGGCGACACCGCCCUGGAGGGCCAGGGCCAGCGGGCGCAGCCCGGCACCGACGGGACCGGGGCCGUGCAUGAGUGUAAGGACUUUGAUGCGAUCAUGGCGUGGGCGGAUGACAGACGGAUUAUGGACGGUAAGCAUCCGUGA